AAAUGUGAAACUCAAACCCAAAUGAUAAGAAUGGCGGGAAGAAUUUCUAAAUCAAAAGCAUUUUUAGAAGUUAUCGAACAAUUUCCAGAACCCAUGAAAAUUUUCAUGACAAUGCAGUUAAAACAUGGAAAAAGGCCAAGGGGACGAAAAUAUUCAUUAAAAGAGAAAAUACUUUGUUUGACGAUUUUGAAACAAAGCCCUAAAGGCUAUAAUCUACUUAAAAAGCUGUUUGUUCUGCCUUCUAAGAGAACAUUACAAAAACUUUUAAGUUAUGUAGUUAUGAAGCCAGGAAUUAAUUUACAUAUUAUAGAGAAUUUAAAGAAAGCAGUGAGAAAACUACCAAUGGAGAAAAGGUUGUGCAGUCUUAUUUUCGAUGAAGUUGCUUUAUCACCUGGUCUCUAUUAUAAUACUUCCUGUAAAGAAAUAAUUGGAUUUGAAGACUUUGGUUACAAAAAAACGAAGAAAAUAGCUGACCAUGCAUUAGUGAUUAUGAUUAAAAGCAUCAAGGGAAAAUUUAAGCAGCCCAUUUCAUUUACUUUUUGUCAAAGUGCCACUAAAAAGGAUGAUUUAAAAAUUCUUAUAAAAGAAUCCAUAAGAGCUAUUUCUUCAACAGGCUUAAAAAUUAUUUGCACCGUGUGUGACCAGUCUACCACGAAUAUGAGCACAAUUAAAAGUUUACAUGAGGACACUGUGCAGGAAUAUGUAAAAAAGGGUGAAGAGUUUAAAAGUGACAGCUUUGAAGUUGAUGGCAUCAAAAUAUUUCCUCUCUUUGACCCACCACACCUCUUAAAAGGUAUAAGAAAUAAUUUAUUACUUAAGAAUUUAAGAUUCAUUGAAAAUGGUAUCGUUAAAGUGGGUAAAUGGGAACAUUUACUGAUGUUUAUGGAAAAAGAUGACGAAGAGGAUGAAUUAAGACUAGUCAAUAAAUUGACUGAUUCACAUGUUAUAAAAGAAAAAAUACCAAAAAUAAAAGUAAAGUAUGCUGCACAGGUGUUCAGCCAAAGAUUAUCAAAUGCUAUUAAAUUUUGCACUAAACAUGGAAUCCUUCCAAAAGAAUGUGAAGACACAGCAGAUUUGCUACGUAUAAUGGACCAGCUAUUUGAUUCGUUCAAUGGACAUAAUUAUAAAGAUAGCAGCAAAAAGUUUAGGUGUUGCCUAAAAAAUGGUUCGCCACAUUUUAAAUUAUGGGAGCAGGUAUUACCCGUCUUAAGGUCAAUGGGCUAUGAAAAAAAAAUGAAAAAUGGUACCACAGUAUAUGAAAAAGUUCCGUCUAUAAAGAAUUUUAUACAUAAUAUUCGCAUAUAUAGAGAAAUGUGGACCUUUUUACAAAAUAACUUUAACGUGACAAGCCUGCUCCCACGAAACUUAAAUCAAGAUCCGCUUGAAAACUUUUUUUGUAAAAUUCGCAGUAAUGGUGUGAGAAACACAAACCCUACGUGUGAUCAAUUUAUAAAUUCUUAUAAAACUUUAAUUAUCAACAGCUUCGGAACCCCCCAUUCUGUAAACGCCAACUGUGAGGACGACAAUAAUGUUUUAUUUAAAUCAAUGGAAAAUUUCUUACAGAAAGAAACUUGCGCUGACAAAAAUGAAAGUCGUAAAAAUGUGCAAAGUAUAAAUUUAUUAUUAGAAGAGUUAGAGACUCCUAUCCAGCCCAGCCAAGAGACCGGUAAAAAUUUUAUUAAUAAAGAAACAAAAAAAUAUGUGGCGGGCUGGAUAUUAAAAAAAGCAAGAAUAGUUUUUAAAAAAUGUCCUGUUUGCACCGAGUCGCUAAUUUCAAAAAAAAAACAAGAUGCUUCAUAUAUAUAUGAAAGGGACUACACCAAAAAGUCGUUACAUUACCCAAGUAAUGAAUUUUCAAUAUUGAUGAAAGAUGUGUUUCAUUCAAUCGCUCGGUGCAUGCAGGAAUCACCGGAGUCUCGACUAUUAGCCAAUGAAAUAAAGUUUCACAUUGAAAUGUACUGCGAUUUUAAUAUAGUUUUAAAAUGUCCAACGCAUUUUUCUAAAUUAAAAGAAUUUAUCAUUGCAUUGUCAAUAAAACUUAUUGUUAACAGUUGGUGUAUGGGGGUAAAUAAAAUAUUAAAAGGUAAAAUGGCGAAAUUUAAUGAAAAUGAUUUUAUUAAAACACACGCAUACCAGUACUAUAAAAUACAUUCUAAAUAUAAAAGUAAAUAAAUA